GAGGGGAGCAGGCAUGACAGCAGUGGGAGAACUGGUGCUGGUACUGGGCUUACUGGUGAGCGCUCACUGUGAGGUGAGAGCACGAGACCCUGAGGUGGAGGAGGACGAGGAGGAGCUGGGAGUAAGAGGAGGAGGAGGAGGAGGAGGAGCAGCGUCUCCCCCCCACCUCGAGAGGCUUCACCCCGGGGCGACAGAGUUCCCCCCACCCGGAGAGAGAGGGAACUACCCAGCCCGAACCGGGAACUGGUGUGCGUUCGUGCAGCGGCGGGUGGUUACCAUGGCGGUGGCGUGUGGAACAGAGAAGUACACCAUCCAGUCUCAGAGUCCGUGUCCGAGUGGGACGCCCGACUGCCAGCUGGUCAUGUACAAGCAGUCCACCCGGCCAGUCUACAGGCAGAAGCAGCAGAUCAUCACCGCUCUGCUGUGGCGCUGCUGUCCGGGACACGGAGGAGACAACUGUGAGGACACAGUCUCUGAUGCACAGUUGGAUUCUGAAAGCUCAGCUCUGAUUGGAGGAUCUGAAACCGUGAGAACAGAGCUCCACGCUCCAGGUGUGCAGCAGCGGCUCCAGCAACAGCGGCUCCAGCAACAGCGGCUCCAGCAGCAGCGCGACGACCCGAACCGCGAACAGAACGACCACCAGGUGCUGUACGACACCGGCUACCAGGACAACCAGCAGAAGACCCCACACCCCGCCCUGGACCCGGACUACGGCCACAACCCCCAUCAGACAUCACACAACACCACGGACCCCCCUCCCAGUUCCCCCUCAGUUGUAGAUGAGGUGGGUGCUGCCGCCCUCCCAUACCCAGUGGCCCCUGCCGCCCUCCCUGUUCCCCACAUGAUGGCCCUGGUCAUGUCCCAGCUGCAGCCAGUCCUGGAGGGCUUCAACCGCUCACUGGAGCACCUGAGCCGGCAAGUAGGGGACCUGGCCCAUGAUGUGGCCCAGCUGAAGAGCAGCCAGAUGGGGGCGGAUCUGCAGGCUGAGCCCCCGGCUGGCUACGUGCUUGACGAGGCAGCAGAGGAGCGCCUGGAUGCCAAACUGGACGAGGCGUUUCAACACAUCAGGGAGGUCCAGAGGCAGCUGGAGAUCCAGCGGACAGCCAUGGAGAACAGGCUGCACUCCCAGCAUGCAAUGCUGCACUACAACCUCACUAGCUUCAAGACGGACAUCGACAUGAAACUGAAACGCCACCAGAAGAUGCUGCAGAUCAGCCUGCAGGCUAUGAAUGCUACACUAACUGAACUGAAGCUGGACCAGGAUCAAGAUCAGGGUCAGGAUCAAACCACUGAGGUUCAGCCGGAGGUGCACCCCACUCCUCCCUCUCUAACUCCCCCUCGCCUGCCACUGCAGCCCUCAGACACCUCGGCACUCUGGGAGGCCGUCGAGCGGCUGGACAACAUGGUGGUCAACAACACAGUGAAGGUGGAAGGCCUGAUGGAGGACGUGGAGGUGACUUCAGGGGAUGUCCAGCAGCUGAGGCGGGACUUUAAGAAGCUGGAGAAGCACAUCAACCAGACAGCCCGGACCAGUCAGAUCCAGUUCAUGGAGACGGGGCUGGAGGUGGAGGCGGCGAGGGAGGUGGUGUUGAGGCGGGUGGGCGAGCUGGCGGGGAACCUCAGUCAGCAGGGCGAGCGGCUGCAUGAGAUGGACGUGGACGUGGACUAUUUGUACGAAGUCUUCUACAAGCACAACUCGUCCGGAGACUGCGACUGCAAGGGGCUGAGGGCUGCCCUGGCUCGACUGGAGAGGGGAGUGGCCAAUGUGACGGAGCUGGCCAAUGAGAACAAAUUAGCCCUGGACGAGGACAGCGAGGGUGGAGCUGGGCAGUGGGGUGGGGCCGGCGACUGGGAGCCGGCGGUGGAGGCGCUCCAACAUGGCCUCCAGCAGGUGAAGGAGUCUCUGGCCUUAGAACAGAGCAGGACCAAUACUCUGGAGCACAGCCUGACCCAGCUGAGCAGCUCAGUGAGGGUCGCUCUGGCCGAGGUCUCCGGCCUGAAGGAGGCGGACAGGAAGCUGGUGGAGGACAUGCAACGCCUGUCCGGCUCUUUCAAGUCUCUGCUGACAGACGCCAUCCGACACAGCGACGUGCUGGAGAUGCUCCUUGGGGAGGAGGUGCUGGAGUUCCUGGAGUGGCCCGUCCAGGACCAGGAGGCCCACUCCAUCCCGACCCUGAAAGAACAGCUGAGGCUCCUGCAGGAGCAACUGAGAGGACACGACCUGAGCAUCACGUCCCUGCUGGGCAACAAGCCAGGUGGCCGAGAGGAGCUACCGUCUGCUGACCAGCCCUCCUCCUCCCACCUCCCCCCUGAUGACUGGCACCCUGGCAGCAUGAGGAAGAGCAGCGGUGGAGUUCCAGCCCGGGAGCGCCAGCUCCUCCUCCACCCGGAGCAGAGGCGUCCGGAGCACGGAGGAGACGGCAGUGAUCUAUGGAACCUGGAGAAAACAGUGGAGGAGCUGGGGCUGAAGGUGCUCCGGCUGGAGGAGAAACCCUGUAACACUUCCACUGAAAGGGAGUCGCAGCCCGGUGGUGUGGAUGCCAAACUGCAGGCGGAGGUGACGUGGCUGAAGAGAGGGCUGGAAGAACAUCUGAGGGUGUUCAAGAAUGUCUUCAGUAACGCCGACGUGCUGGUGGGAACUGACGCGACACUGGAGCUCGAUAAACUAUGGCAGCUGAUGAAGAACAAUGAUGGGAAGAAAGAGAAGAAGAGAGGAGGGGGAUCAGGAAGGGGAGGAAACCAUCGGAGCAGGAGGGAGUCAUCAGGUGUUGCUCCUGUCCCAUCCAGCCUAUCAGGAGACUCCCCGCUGCUGGUGGCUGGAUCUCCUCUUAGCGUCUCGAACAGCGUCAUCGUGUUUUCAGCAUCACUGAACCGGGGUCAGUUUUACUCCGACAACGGCAUCUUCACGGCUCCGCUGAACGGGAUCUAUCUGUUCGUCCUCACCUUGGACCUGAGGCCGGGCUCCACCCACGUGGUCCUGAGGAGAGGGUCGGGGGGAACUUCGGUGUCUCUACACCGACGGGAGGUGACAGAGGCGGGGCCGGUCACGGGCGUGGGCCUCCUCCCGCUGAGGGAGGGGGAGGAGGUAAGCCUGGAACUGAAGGGAGGAGCAUGGACGGAGUCAGAGGACAAUGUGCUCACUGUACUGCUGCUCCACCGGACCAUCUGAGGGUGCUGUGGACAAAUCAGCUGAAGGAAAGAAACCGAUCAGAGCCUCUGGGAGUUAAAACAUAUUUGAAAAUAUUCCAGUUGGUGGAAGCUUGUUCCAAAGUACCCUCAACCCUUAAAGGGACUGUUUGUAACUUUUUAAGCGUAUAAAUGUACCGGGUCAGGACACAUGCGCGCUCGCAUAUGCGCGUUUGCGUGUAGCCGCUGCCUCUCCUCCUCUGCCUGCUUGCCUUCACUC